GCCUCAGCCCGGCCCUGCGGCUUUCCUCGGGCAGUGGGGCUCCCGCUUCUCCUGGAGGUGCCCCGCGGUGGGGGCAUGGCCCUUCCCGUGGCCUCUCCUUCGCCCCAACACCGCUUCCCCGUCAGGACGGCCUGGGCUCCCACACGGCCGCGCUGGGGCUCUGGGCAUGGCUGGAGGCAGCGAUGCUGUGUGGAGACCGGAGGCACCCAGGUGUAAUUAAAGCCGGGGGCGGGGAGGGGGGAUAUACCAACAUCUGGCUUUCCUAGACCUCCCAGUCUCUCAUCACCGUCGCUUUGCUCGGCAGCAGCCUGAUAACGCAGGGGAAGAUGACAACAUGCAAUUGAAGGGAUAUUUCAACACUAAAAGGCUGCUUCGUUUGAUACCUGUGUUGUGAUCAGCUAAGGAUUGUAGUUUUUGCAUUUUUAGUGCUUAUAAAAAACUGCUGAAGAUGGGAGGUGCAGUGAGUGCAGGAGAAGAUAAUGAUGAAUUAAUUGAUAACCUGAAGGAGGCACAAUAUAUCCGGACAGAACUGGUAGAGCAGGCGUUCCGAGCCAUUGAUCGAGCAGAUUACUACCUGGAAGAGUUCAAAGACAAUGCCUACAAGGACUUGGCAUGGAAGCAUGGAAAUAUUCAUCUCUCGGCACCGUGUAUUUACUCUGAGGUGAUGGAAGCUUUGGAUCUGCAACCGGGGCUGUCAUUUUUGAAUCUUGGCAGUGGCACUGGUUAUCUGAGUUCCAUGGUUGGACUCAUCUUGGGUCCUUUUGGUGUUAACCAUGGUGUGGAGUUGCAUUCCGAUGUGAUCGAAUAUGCGAAGCAGAAAUUGGACUUCUUCAUUAAAACAAGUGACAGCUUUGACAAAUUUGAAUUUUGUGAGCCAUCUUUUGUUACCGGCAAUUGUUUAGAGAUUUCUCCAGACUGUACUCAGUAUGACCGUGUUUACUGUGGUGCUGGAGUACAGAAGGAACAUGAAGACUACAUGAAGAACCUGUUGAAAGUUGGGGGAAUUCUUGUCAUGCCUCUAGAAGAGAAGUUGACUAAGAUAACUCGUAUUGGUCCUUCUGCCUGGGAGACUAAGAAGAUUCUUGCUGUUUCUUUUGCUCCUUUGAUUCAGCCUAACCACGCAGAUUCAGGAAGAUCAAGGCUUGUUCACUUGCCCCCAGUGGCUGUUCGCAGCCUCCAGGAUCUGGCUCGCAUAGCCAUCCGAGGAACCAUUAAAAAAAUUAUACAUCAAGAAACAAUGGGCAAAAAUGGAAAUGGGCUGAAGAACCCCCCAAGAUUUAAACGAAGACGAGUGCGUCGCCGUCGCAUGGAAACUAUUGUUUUCUUGGACAAAGAGGUCUUCGCUAGUCGUAUCUCCAACCCAUCAGAUGAUAACAACAACAGUGAGGAUAUCGAGGAUGAGAGACGAGAAGAGGAAGAAACUAAACCCUCUGAACUAAAGCCAGAUCCCCCUGUAAACUUUUUGAGGGAAAAGGUCUUGAGUCUGCCUUUGCCUGAUCCCUUGAAAUAUUACCUGCUUUAUUACAGGGAAAAGUAAUUUCCUUCUUCUAGAAAGUGGGAAGUAGGCAGAAAAUAAAGUAUUACUUAGGGCUUGACAAAUGUAUACCACUUGCUUGCCUGCUAAUAUGACCACCCAAAGCAGUAGGCUAGCUGGGGAACAUGGCUGCUGUACACUUAAACAUUAUAGCUUUUUUGAGUUUCUUCUUUCUUCUCAGUUGUGUGCUAUAGUUUUAUCCUACAGCAGGGAUUCCUUAGGAAGCAAGUUGGUGAAAUGCUCAGCUGCUUACGGAAAGGAGGAUUUAAUUCCCUGAAACUAACUGCACAGAGAUAUUCUAAAAAUCUCAUGGCUGCUCUACCGAAUUGCAGUUUUUAAAUAUUCUCAAGCAGUUCCCCAAAGACCUUUGCUGUCUGUGCUUUCUCCCACUAAACCUGCCAUCUAUUUACUGUGGUGUGUGUUUAAUGGAGGAUGAAAAAAACCUGACCUGGCAAAUCUUGUUUCUUCCAGUAACCUGAAAAAGCACAACUUUUACAGAAAGGAAAGAAUUUUUGGCAUUACCCUUGUGGCAUCCAGGUUUUGAAUGAGAAGGAAAGCAUCAGCUCCCCUUUGGUUGGUCUCAGUUUUGCAUAUAAACUACAUAUAAUUUUUCAGUAAAAGGUAAAAAUGUUUUAGAGAAUAUUGAUUUUCUUAAUGGGAAACACCUGUUCUAGUGAAUUAGUCUGAGAUCCAAAGUUGUUUUUUGGUUUUGGGUUUUUUUUAAAGCAAUGGAGGCAAGUGAAGAAUUGCAAAGCUGAUUAGCUUUGACAGGAUGCUAAGGUAGUCAGGGUUGUGACUCUUGUCUCUGGAAAUGUUUACAGAGUAAUUCUGAAUGGGGAAGAGGGUAGAGAGAUGCGAAGCAGUGAGUUUGUGAAAACUGACUGUGAAAGCAGAAUCUGUGGAUUUUGCUGUUGUGUGAGAUAACUUACGUCUGCUGGGCUGAACAGAGUGAAGUGCAGCGUGCUAGCUUGAGCAGAGUGGCUUGUGUCCUGGUAAAUCAGCCAAAUGUAGUUUUGUGGAGGGUAUGUAGAACCUGAAAACAGUCUAGAAAGCCAAAUUGAUGCAGUUCUUAGGUGUUCCUGUGUGUGUGCCCCUGCUGUAGCAAGGUGGCUAGAAUACAACCUGUGUACACACAGUCCACAUACAGUAGGUAGAAUGAAGUUGAUCAACUUGGUUAGUUAUUUUCUUCCUGUAACAAUUAAGUAGAUGUUUUAACAGGCUUAUAUAGAAGGACUUUACGCUCUGCAGUUCUGUGGAUGUGAACUCUAAUUUUUAUUCCCAAGUCUUCCUGUAAUGGUGAUAGAAGUAGAUAUCGUGUUUAGAAGGGGAAGUUUACUUGGUUCAGCCUGUUUGAAAAACCUACCUAAACUGGUAAAGGCUGGAAAGAAACCCUUGAGCUUGUAUUGAUGUGAAAUAGUCUUAAAGCUGGUGGAGGGGAACCCCUCUCCGUAGGUAAUGAAGCUAUGUUAAGGCAUUGCCCCAUCAGCAGCACUUAAGUUGGUAUCACUUUGUUAUCUUUUUUUUUUUUUUUUUUUUUUUAAUGCUGUCUCCUCAUUUUCUGAGGAGGAAUGAAUGAAGACUGUCUUGCCAAAAGUAUGUUGGGUUUUUGGUUAAUGGUACUGAGUUGCACAACUUGCCUAAUGAUAAAUGGUGUUUCAAAGUUCUGUGCGGCUUUGAAAAUAAACGGAUAAGUCUUGUACAUCUAAGCCCAAGGUGGAGAACUCUUCCUUGCUUAAUAGGCUUUUUUAUAUCUUUGAGAAUAUCAUCUGAUAAUACGGUGUCAUGUGGCUGCUGGCACAUAACACAGUCGUAGGCUGUGUUUUGCCUCUGGUUUCCUAAGUCUCCACUUCUGGCCUAAAUGGUACCCUAAGCUAUCUUGCUCCCUCAGAUUUUUAUUUCUUUAUUUUAAAUGGGGCAGUUCUAUGGCCACUGAGCUGAUGGUUUCCUGUAAACAUGCAAGUACUCAUCUUGUAAUUCUGGCAACUACAAUGAAUUUCUUUCUACAAAUUAAAAUCCUGAAUAUGGUGGUAAAUAGAGGCUUAAUAGAAUCUACGUGUAAUAUUUCCCUGUGCUUCCCUGGAGGCUGUCACCUCUGUAUUUGUUAGGCAUUUCUGCUUAAUAGGUGUCAUACCAGGUAUGUGCCUUUCUGUAUUGUGGCACAAUUUCCACACCCCUACAUAGUACAGGGUGCCUCCUACUUUUGGCUAUCAGGUCAUCCUUCAGUUUGUUAAUUACAAAACUUCUUUUAAAGAAGUUGCUUUAAAAAUGACAUUAAACUUCAAGUUCGUAUUAGUAAGCCUUGUUGAGAUUCUGUUAAAGCCGACCAGUUGAGGGAGAAUUCUCUUUCAUUUAUCCCUGUUUGAUUUUAGCCCCAUCCCACCCCCAGUUGUAAAAGAUAUUUUAUCAGAUUUUUCACCAGAUUUGCCUUUUUUAUUACAUUUGCUAGAUUUUUGUAGCUUUCUAUAAGAUGCAUAAAAUACUGCUAUUUUUCCUGGAUAAGGUUGAAUAAAUAAAUAUAUAUACAGGAAAUUUAUGUUCUAGGUUGUCAAAUUGUCACCUUGUCCGAAACCCCACAGAUCCAAACACAGAGUAGAAAUUUUAUGUGUAAUAUAACUGUGAAAUAGUAUUGCUUAUACCCUGUAAAUGAAGGGGAACUGUAAAUACAUUUUCCCUGUGCACAAGGACUUGCACUGUAGUUUUGUAUGCAUUUCUAAUAGAGUAAUUGUAGCAUAACUGUUUUUGUAUAGUCUGUAAGCUGUCUAGGAAUUUUACCUGCUUUGUUUCCUUUUGUGUUCAAAGUAGUCUUCACUUUUAAUUGUAUGUGGCUCCUUUUAGGUUUCGAUACUGCAGUAAAUUUGCAAAAAGAAAUGAACUUCAAGCUGCUUUAAUCAUUAAUGUGUAAGUUGAAAAAUCUAUGUGUAGAAACUAGAGUUAAAUUGGCCUGAGGCAUGCAAAAGUGUUACACAAUUUAAACAUUAUUAAUAAGUGUUUCUGUAUCAAUAAAUUCAGUAAAGACUUUUUAGCCUUCUUAA